AUGGCGGAGGCGGCGGACUACAUAGUGCCGGCCAUCGCCAUCACGGCCGCCACCGCCCUCACCUUCAUCGCCGUCAGCUUCAACGAGCUGCGCGAGAAGUCGGCAGUGCAGCAGGAGUUGAAGCAGCAGGCGCGGCUGCUAGAGGAGCAGGAGGGCGUGGUGCUGCGCUCCAGCCUCUCCUCCAAGGAGAAGCGCCGGGCCAGGCAGGGCAAGAAGGGCUCAUGA